AUGGCUCAAACUGACUUUGUUCUCUUAAUCACAACAUACUCAGAAUCAUCAUCAUUUACAAUGACUAUCCCUCCCAGAGGGUUUAAUGAGUCAGUCUGUCUAAAGCUAGACGAUCUUCGUGAUACGCUAAUACAAUUGAGGCAACAACUUGUAGACCUCACCGCAGAAAUCGAAACUUAUGUGACAAUUGAACUCCCCAUACCAAAAAGGAUGUUCCAACUUAGGCUCAACCCAAAGAAGUGCACAUUUGGAGUGACAACAGGAAAUAUGUUAGGCUUCCUAAUCACAAAAAGAGGAAUUGAGGUUGAUCCAAGCAAUAUAGAAGCGAUCACGGCAAUGUCACCUCCACGAAGCGAGAAAGAAGUACGAGGCUUUAUAGGCAAGAUCUAG